UGUUAUUGGCUGUGUGGAUUUAUUGAUGAAUUGAAUGGCAGGGUCUAUCCACACUGAUUGUCCUAUCUGCCCACUCACACCCCUCAGCACACAGCACAUUGUGAUUCACAUCAUGCAGCCCUGUGCCCUCCCCUGUGAUUGUGCUGGGCUGUCUCAAAUACACACAGCAAGCUGAUCCACUGCAGCCCUCACACUAAGAGAGAGAAAGCCAGGCUCUGAGACCCAACAGUGCUCCUCCAGACACGAUGCGCAGUUUGAUAGAAGACAUGUUUUGGAACAAGCUAUUGUCAGCCUUCCUGCAAUGGGAAUUCAUUCGAAUAGCAGCAUUGCACACCGAGAUCUAUCGCCUUCCUCCCUCAGGCUUGAUCAUGACUUGCAUGUUGACAAAUACAUCGUAUAACAACUCGACUCUGGGGAGAUUUUCACAAAAUGCUACCCAUAUCUCUGCGCACUAUGAUUUUCUAAAUUCCAGUUGGACUUUUCGCUGUCAAGACAUUCCGAAUGUGAAUACACAAGAACAUUUCUCCUGCUGCGUGUGGGAUGAUAUUUACUCCGAUUACUCCAGAGAUAAUGAAUUUGACAGAACAAAAGAUAACAUUGUGGCAGAUUUUUCUUCAGAUAUACAGCUCCUGGGUGGUAUCUGGAAAAUACAAUGCUGGACCCAAGCGGCAACAGACCAACUUACUUGUGAGAUAACACUAUUAUCAACUACAACUCCUGUGCCAAAGAUGUAUGAACUUCAUUAUUCACUAUUGGCACAGAAUGACAGCAGAGAAUCUGUUCCGUGUAAUUGCCUUAGUUACCCCAGAUGUGUGUGUUUUCUGCCGUUUGUGAAUGCCAGUGAAGGCUAUGUCCUAUGGCUGCAUAUUUUUAAUGACACCACAGAGUUCGUGUCUCCCGGAAUUGCUGUCUCUCCUUCCAAUAUGGUCAAACCCAAUCCACCAGAUGAUUUGAAAAUGGAAAUCACAGAACAAGGAACAUUAAAGGUUCUCUGGUCAAAGCCGAAGUUUUCACCGACUGACCUUCAAUAUCUAGUGAAACAUUACACGAAUACAUCGGCAAACAGGACCCAGGUUUUCCAUCUUGUUAAUGAAACAUCGUUGAUCAUUGAGAACGUUGUGCCAUGUUCUACGCAUCUAGUUGAGGUGCGUUGUAAAAGCCUACAUAACACCAGCAUUUGGAGUGACUGGAGCAGUCCUGCUGUCUUCAAUCCACAAGAUGUUUUCUAUUUCCCCCAGAAAGUUCUGGCUAGUAGUGGAUCCAAUGUAUCGGUCCAUUGUAUUUACUGUGACGGAGGUAGAGCGGUCCCAUCGAAGGAGAUUAGAUGGUGGUUUAAUUUAGCUGAGAAGAUAUCUGAUCUCCAGUAUUCCGUCGUCAGUGAAUAUGCCGGCAAAGUAUCAAUAACGAACCUCAACACCACAAAACCAAAGGGGAAGUUUAACUACGACGUGUUACAUUGCUGUAUCCAGAGUAACAAAUGCCAUCACCGGUACGCUGAAAUUCACGUUCUAGAUACCAAUAUCAACAUUUCAUGCCAAACUGAGGGACGUCAAACUGCCAUGACCUGCCGCUGGGACGCUAAACAAAUUCCAAUACGAGAUAACAUUUCUUUGGAGCUUAAAUAUUAUCGGAACAAAGUGUAUUGUUCAGAGACACACCGAGAUCCCAACGCGUCCAGUUUGGCAGACUGCCUGCUGCAGCGAGACGGAUUCUAUGAAUGUAUUUUCCAGUCGGUAUAUAUUCUGUCUGGCUACACCAUGUGGAUUGAGAUAAAGCAUCCUCUUGGAAUUCUUCAUUCCCCACCAGUGUGUGUUAUGCCUAUAGAUGUUGUUAAACCUCUCGCUCCGUCAAGAGUUGAAGCUCUGAUUAUGGAGGGCAAUGGAGACUUGUAUGUGAGCUGGAAAAGGCCGGCGCUCCCAGCCUACGAGCUUCAAUAUCAAAUACAAUAUGGAGUACAUGGAAAAGAAACUCAGUGGAAGAUGAUUGAUAUUUCUAGAAAUGAAUCCAUAACUGUACAAGUGAAGGAAAUCUGUGCUUCGUACACCGUUCAGAUUCGCUGUAGAAGAUCAGACGGCAGUGGAUAUUGGAGUGACUGGAGCGGGCCUGUUCACACUGUAUUAAAGGACAUUCGAGCUCCUUUAAAGGGACCAGAUUUUUGGAGAAUUUUACAGAAUAAUCCUAUUCAAAAAGGAGAAAAUGUCACUCUGCUAUGGCAGCCACUAGCAAAGGAAUAUUCAUUAUGUAGCAUCAGAAGAUACAAAGUCUAUCAUCAGACUCCUAAAAAUGUCAGCUGGUCGGAGGACAUAGAAGACACCACGACAUACACAUUUACCAUGAUGGACGAAGUGCAAACGGUGACUGUUCUUGCAAUCAACUCUCUUGGACAUUCUUCCAUGAACAGAAAUUUAACAUUUUCCCAUGAAAUAAGUGCAGUAAGCGCCGUUCGGUCAUUCAGUGUGUACCUGAUAAACUCCAGUUGUGUGGUCGCUAUGUGGACGCUGUUACCAUCCCUUUACACUCCUUCAGAAUUCGUAGUUGAAUGGAGAAACCUUCGUAAAGAAGAUGAUGUGCGGUGGACGUUUAUCCCAGCGAACGUUACCAGAUAUUACAUUGAAGAUGUUUUUUUCAUCAUUGAGAAAUAUGUGUUCAGCCUGAACCCCAUCUUCGCCGAAGGAGUCGGCAGCCCCAAGUUUGCCUAUAGAUUUACUAACGUGGAUUUAACAGAACCGCCGAAUGAUACUGGAUUAUAUGUCAUUUUACCGAUUAUAAUCUUAUCAUCUCUUCUCCUGGCUGGGACAUUAAUGGUAUCACAUCAGAGGAUGAAACAGAUGUUCUGGAAAGAUGUUCCGAACCCCAAGUACUGCUCGUGGGCUCAAGGAGUGAAUUUUCAAAAGCCAGAUACUCUAGAAAACCUAUUCAUUAAGCACCAUGAACAUCUGGCUCCCAGCUCUGUCUAUCUCUUAGAGCCAGAAACGUCCUUCGAGAACUUGAGUAUUGACAAAGCAUUCCAGAAAGAACAUGUAGACGACAUAUCAAUAGUUAAUGGCCUGUUCACGGUAAUUGAUGAUCCUGACCACGACUCGGCCUGUGCCACGAGUAGCAGUUGUGUUUACGAAGAUGGUGGAGAGGAGACCGUCUACACUGGUGUCAUAUGCCAAUCCAGUGUCAAGUAUGCAUCAAUAAUUAAUAAUCCACAGCAAAGAGAGAACGUUAUUAACGAGAGGAAAGUGAGCGCUAGUUCUUUUGACGGCUGUUUCUUGGAAAACAAGACUUUAGUUAUUGGAAAUCUCGAAGACGAGCAACAAUCUUUUAUUAUAUUAUCGGGAUUACAACCAAAGCAGCCUAGCAAGCAGUCUUCCAACUCCACUGUAUCAUCUGAAGGCUUCUCGGAACCUUCAGAUCACGACGAAAGUUUUGCCGAUUUUUGCACCAUAGAGAGGAGCCUCUAUUACAUCGGACUUGACUCGUCACAGCAAAGCGAGGCCGAAAACUAUUUUUCAGAAAAUCCCUUGGAGACCUAUCCUUUCCAGGAAAACCUUCCUUAUAAACAGAUGGACUUCAUAAAAGACAAAUCUUCUGAGUUCAUCACUAACUCAUAUGAUAACAGAGGGUCUGUUAAGAAUGUCAUCUCAUACAUGCCGCAGUUUCAAGUGCACCCUACCAAGCUACAAGGAAUGAGUGAAUGAGAUAUUUAUCAUCUAGGCUUGUAGAAUACAUCCCAGCUCAAUGGCUGCCAAGUUAUUAUGCAUUAAAUUGCAUCAUAGAGGAUUAUGUUCCUUCAUAAGUGUCGAAUGGCAGAUGGCUAGGAAUCGAACGCCA